UCAUCUUCAAUAUACUCAAUUCUUCACUCUUCAUAUCCACAAUAUAUUCGAAGUUUUUAUUUAUUGGCAUGGCUCGUUCUCCAGUUCCAGUGCUUACUUUGUUUCUGAUUGCUUUGAUCAUUACAACUACGGUUGAGGUGAAGGCUUCGCGAGAUUUGCCCGUUGAAAUUGCAGCCAUCGAGCAAAGGUUGGCACUUGUUGGUGAUAUAGUUACUUGCCUGAAAAGAUGCAAAGUUCAAAGUGAUUGUAGCAAUGGGUGGGUGUGUAGUGAUUGUGCACCAGAUGCUUUGGGGGAUGGAUACCAUUGUGACAAGUUUACAGCUAAUGGUCAAGGAUAUUUUGCAACUAACUUACAAGACCGGUUCAAGAAAACUGUUUGAUGAUCAUUGCUGGCUGC